UUCGAUACCAUAGAAGCUUUCCGGACGGAAUCUUGCCUUCUCUAGGCAGCCGGAGAAGUUCUCGAAUUACUUCAGUCCAAUACCAAUAGCAAUCCUUGGAGGUGAACUGAGAUAAUGUAACCUGGUCCAAAGUAAUCCAGUGAAUUUCCAUGUCUGAGAGUGGACCUGGAUCUUCCUACUACUGACUGAAAUAUGUUGUAUAGGAUCUCUACAAGUAUAUGCUGCUCCCAGGACAGUGGGAUCGACAACUUCACUACAUCUGGACAGCAGGAGUGGAGCAUCAAUAGGCCACUUACUUUGCACUCCAUUGGAACCACAGAGAAACCUGGUAUUAUGGAGGCUGGAGACACCAAGGAACAAGAGAAAAACCAGCAGAUCAACGGGCUGCAGCAGAAGUCAGAAAUGACUCAAAAUGCACUUGAAGGGGAGAGUGAGGCAGGAAAAGCAGAAACUGGUGAGAAAGAAACUAAAGAGAACAGAAAGUUUGCAGAAGAAACUGGGAAAGAGGUGGAUGAUGCAAAUGAAGCAGAGAAAGCAAAGAUGGCUGCUGAGAAUGAGGUGCAUGGAGAGAAGGAGGCUGGGGAAACUGAGUCUGCUGAACUUGAGGCAAAGCAGAAGGAAGAAUCUACAGAAGAGGCUUCUAAAUCUGAAAAGGGGGCGGCAUCCAAGACAAGCCAGAGGGAGAAGACAACCAAAGACAGCAGCCAACCUGAAUCUGAAGGUGUAUCCGAGACCAAAGAUGAUGCUUCUGGAAAACCAGAAGACCUACAGAAAGAGGAAGGGGAAAAGGCUGAUGUUUUGAAGAAAAACGCCAAGGAAGAGGGUCAAACUGGCAGCACUUCUGAUGAGCCUCUUUCACCAGAACCUGAGGAGGAAGAGGAGGAAUUCUGGCCAGAAUUCCCUCCUCAUUCUCCUGAAGCAAGUCCACAAAGCCCAACCGAGCUCAAAGGUUUGGAGACAGGUGGCAUUACUCCACCAGCUACUACUCCAGAAGCUGCUCCAACAGAAAUCACCAGCCCUGAAGCUGUCCUGAAGGGAGAGAAAGAGCCCCCUUCUGCUGCACCAGAGGAAGCAGCUGCUGCCAAAGAGAAAAAGAAGAGGCCCGCUUUUAACCAGAGAGAGAUAACAAGGCCGAGGAUGCCACCCAGGGGACAGUCCCGCAAAGCCAUUGUGGAGAAGUUUGGAGGGGCUGCAACUGGUCCUGCCCCCAAUAUCAAGAGGACUGGAGGUACAAACACUGUGAAGACCAUGUUGCUGGAAUGGUGUCGGGCCAUGACCCGUGGCUAUGAACAUGUGGACAUUCAAAACUUUUCUACCAGUUGGAAAAGUGGCAUGGCUUUUUGUGCCCUCAUCCACAAGUUCUUUCCUGAUGCCUUUGACUAUGCAAACCUUGAUCCAGCAAAUCGCAAAGAGAAUUUCACCCUGGCCUUCUCUACUGCUGAGAAAUAUGCAGACUGUGCUCAACUUCUGGAGGUAGAGGAUAUGGUGCGCAUGAGUGUUCCUGAUAAUAAGUGCAUCUACACCUAUAUCCAGGAACUUUAUCGCAGCUUGGUGGAGAAAGGGCUAGUAAAGACCAAGAAGAAAUAGAAAUGCAAACCAGGCUUUUGUUUGGGGUUCAUUGGAAGCUAUAGAAAAACUUGGUGGGGCAGAUGGAAUGCAACAUGGGAUGUACCCAGGCUAAAAGACAUAUAUAUAUUCUGCAAUUUCCUGAAUAUUGAAUUGACCAGUGCUACUUAACCCCGACUAAAGUCUGCUAUGCGCCAAUCUUCUGCCACCUAAAAAGAGCAGGAAAGGAACGCUUGCUAAAUGUCACGUCAUCAUGUCAAACAUCUGGUGUUUAUGGAAGCAGAACUGAGCCUGCCCCAAGGACACAUGACUCAGGAGCAGUCUGUCCUUCCAGAUGUUACCAUCAGCAACUCCGAGUCCUCUUUUCAGAUUGCAAAAGCCUUCCUGCAACCCAUGCUGCAAUCACCCUUCCCCUUACCAGGCACCAGUUCCAUUAAAGCACAACUAUACCAAG